AUCACGUUUUUAACAGACAUGUACAUGUCACUAUGCUUUCUGAAACAGACAUGGACCCAGGUAUACUCCGAGAUCUCUUUACCCAGGGUUUGUUCAGCCAGACAGACCCGACUCGCCUCCAUGCGGAACUGUGGGCUGACUACAUGUCAAAGGUCAUGACUACCUGGCUGCCUAUGCUCAUGGCAACAGUCCUGGUGGGGAGGGACUUGUUCGGCGCGGGCACACAAUGCUUCCCCGUGAAUCUGACACACACCCAGCCUGGUACAAACAUGACGUCAGCAGACAACACCAGCUACGCACCUAAACCUGUCCUCAACGAGAUCUCUGACUACUCGAGGCAACUAGCCGAGUACGUGAAUGUUUACUGUGCACAACAGGAUCAUUACCAGAGUUCUACCAUGUUUAGUUACCAACUCUUCACCAUUAUGCUAGUUAUUCAGGCAGGGGUGCUUUAUGCACCCAUGUUGUUGUGGAACGUCACUACAGCUAGGAAGAUUCUCUGUCACCUAAGAUUUCUACUCCAUGACACUGAUUUGUUGUACCACCGUCACAGAGGUGACCAGGAGGCCAGGGGUGGCUACGAGCAGUCCGAACUGGUCAAAAACGUCAACAUAUGGAUCAAGCAUGACAGCUUGUAUAAACAUUACAUGAUGAAACAACUUGUCACUACAGUGUGUUUGGGAAUCUUUAUAACAAUUUACUGCACAAUUCCAUCUCUGACAGCAUCUAACAUACAUGAUGAGUUUUUGUGCUCUGUCAAAGACAGGUUCACAGUGGAUUGUGCCGUGCCAUCGGCCACUGUACAUAGGUGUGUGUGGUUUACCAAUUUGGUACUGCUAUUUCUUAACGUUUCCUGUAUCGUAGGUCACGUUGUUACUCUCAGGUACAACCACUUCUAUGGUACACAUCAACCAUUUAGAGAACUGGGCAUCACACUUGAUAAACCGCCACUGAAUGAUGCCCACCUUAUUCAUAUGUUCCUUCGAGCCAACAUUGAGUCGAAUGACAAGUACAACUAUGUGAAAGUUCUAGAGGAUGUUGUAUCAGAAAAUGAUCCAAGUAUGAACACAACAAACACAGCAUACUCUGUACGUAACGAAACAAACAGCCCGCUGGAUCAUUCCCCUAGUUUAGGCCCGACUAGGCGGCAGUACAUAUGUUAUGAGUCUGGUGUGUGAUAGAAUACGAUUUUAGUCGUGUGCACAUUGGUGAUUACGUAACAGUCUCAGAGAUGUCAUAUUUUAAAAAAAUGUGCCCGAAGAAACUGUUAUGAUAUUAUCUUUCCAACCGAUGCGCUUUGCUGCGAAAUGCCUAGUUUAGGUGAGAAAUUACCCAAACCCACAAAUAUACUGGACCCACAUACAGGUAUUAUAUAUGUGCGGGCUCAGCAGGAAAAGGGUUUCAACAUCAUUUCCACCAACACAACUGAUGUGUUAUUGUGCCGAACACUCUUCACAUCAGCACUGUGUCUACCCUUCCCCGAACUGAAUGUCAACAUCAGCCUUCUGUGUCCAUUGUGACAAACGUUUUACACAAGUCUGGUACCCCAGCUUUUGUCUCUGGUGCUGAAUGGUGUUCCCACUGCCUUUGCUUUGAUUCAGCCGGUCUCAUGACUCGUAUCAGGAAAUGUCCACUUCUUCAGCAAACCAGAUAAGAGACCGUCUUCUGCUGGCUUAAUUUUAAUUCUUAUUUCUGGUGGUCCUGUAAAAUAGAUGGCAAGAUAUUGAUUCAGAUACCCAAUGUAGAUAAUUGA